CUUGAACAUAAUGAACAAUAUCAAUCAUACUAUACAUUGCUAAAGCUGUUCUCAUAUGGAACAUAUAAGGAUUAUAAAGAAAGCAUUUCACAAUUACCUUCAUUGGAUCAAGCUCAACUUAACAAAUUAAAAUAUUUGUCAAUUGUCUCCUUGUCCGAGAAAUCAAGAACUAUUCCUUAUGAUACCCUUUUGGAAUAUCUUGAUAUACCUAAUGUACGUGAACUUGAGGACCUAAUUAUAGAAGCGAUAUAUCAGGAUGUCAUCAAAGGUAAAUUGGAUCAAAAGAGGAAACAACUUGAAAUAGAAUAUACUAUGGGUAGAGAUUUGCGACCGGGACAAAUCGAUCAAAUGUUACGAACUUUAAGUGAAUGGUCUCAAACGUCGGAAGAAAUUUUGAAGGCCAUCGACGCCAAAAUUAUACAGGUUCGUGAUGUAGCUGUUCAAAACAAAAAGCAAAGGGAGGAAUAUGAGAAAGAGGUAGAACGUCUUCGAAAGGAAGUUAAAUCAAGCUCAAAGAACGCAGAUCAUAUGGAAAUCAUGAGUGGUUCGAUUGACCAAUACAGUAGCAUGGAUUAUCAUGAUGAAAAUAUUAAAGGUGGAGGGCGAACAGGAAAAAGGUAA